GCUUCAAGCCUAUAUCAAUAUAUUUCUUCCCACUUUCGUAUUUUUCAUUUUUUUUAAUAUUUUCAAAUAAACAUAAAUAAUUUGAUUUUCCAUAGACGAACUAGGGUUUCCUUCCCCUUUUCCCCCUCUCCAGAAGGAACAGAAAUUCCAAAUCUCAAUUCAGUUUUCUUCACUUUCGCAUUUUUCCCUUUUGUUUGAGUUUCUGAAACUUAGCCUGGUUUGUUAAUAGAAAGAAAAGAAAAGUGUUAUUGCUUCUUCUGCGAUUUCUUCAUUUCAAAUUUUGAUAGGGGGAUCGUGUUGGGGUUUUGGGGUUUUGCUUGAUUUUUGAUUUUUUGUUGUUUGUUGUGCGAAAAUGGACAAGAAAAAGGUAGCGGUACCGCUAGUGUGCCAUGGGCAUUCUCGGCCCGUGGUCGAUUUGUUCUACAGUCCAAUCACGCCAGAUGGGUUCUUUCUUAUCAGUGCCAGUAAAGACUCUAGUCCAAUGUUGAGAAAUGGAGAAACUGGGGACUGGAUUGGUACGUUUGAAGGCCAUAAAGGUGCAGUAUGGAGUUGCUGCUUAGAUACCAAUGCACUACGUGCUGCAUCUGCUUCAGCAGAUUUUACGGCAAAACUAUGGGAUGCAUUGACUGGAGAUGAAUUACAUUCAUUUGAUCACAAGCAUAUUGUUCGUGCAUGUGCCUUUUCAGAGGAUACACACCUUCUACUAACAGGUGGCCUUGAGAAGAUUCUUCGCAUAUUUGACUUGAACCGCCCAGAUGCGCCUCCAAGAGAAGUGGAUAAUUCUCCUGGUUCAAUUAGAACUGUUGCAUGGCUCCAUAGUGAUCAGACCAUAUUGAGUUCUUGUACUGAUAUGGGUGGUGUUAGGUUGUGGGAUUUAAGAAGUAACAAAAUUGUACAUACACUUGAGACCAAAUCACCUGUGACCAGUGCUGAAGUUAGUCAGGAUGGUCGUUAUAUAACUACUGCUGAUGGAUCCACUGUCAAGUUCUGGGAUGCAAAUCAUUUUGGAUUGGUGAAGAGCUACGACAUGCCAUGCAGUGUAGAAUCAGCUUCAUUGGAACCAAAGUUUGGCAAUAAGUUCAUUGCUGGAGGCGAAGACAUGUGGGUCCGUGUGUUUGAAUUCCAUACUGGAGAGGAGAUAGGUUGCAACAAAGGUCACCAUGGUCCUGUCCACUGUGUUCGUUUCUCACCAGGAGGGGAAUCCUACGCAUCAGGAUCCGAAGAUGGUACUGUUAGAAUAUGGCAGACAGGGCCGGUGAGUCAUGAAGACAAUGAGUCAGUUUCUGGAAAUGGGCCAAGUGGUAAAGUGAAGGCCGUGGCUGAAGAGGUCACUCGUAAGAUUGAGGGCUUUCACAUCAACAGGGAGGGGAAAACUGGGGAGAAAGCAACAGAUGCAUGAGAUGGCCUUGAGUUAGUCAGGGCAUUCAACAAGUAUUUCUUUAUGUUUGCUUGGCAAGCUGGGCUUGUGGGUAUCUCUUUUGUGCUCGUUCUUUUGAUGGGAAUAAAAUUGACUCUGUUUCUCUUCAAAUUCCUUUCUGUAUUGUGUUCAUCUUCUCUUCAAGACUAACCUUUGAUGUUCAUAAACAAGUGAAACUGUU